GGCCGCGUCGUGCGCUUCGGCACGACCGCGCGCCACACGAUCCCGUACAAGGUUCUGAAAGCGCGCGGGUGGAAAGAGGUGGACGACGACUCGUGGGACUUCUUCUACGCGGACGUCGGAUGGAUCCACGAGAACAUCACGUACACGACGUCGAACAAAGGCCUGACGUUAGAGCCUCACCAGCGCGUGAACCACUUCCCGAACCACGUGGAGUUGACGCGCAAAGACCUCAUGGCGAAGAACGUCAAGAGAGCGAUCAAGCUCGCAGUGAAGGAAGGUCGCGAUCCGUCCGAGUUUGACUUCAUCCCGGUGACGUACACGCUCCCGAGCGAGGGAAACAUGCUGUUGAGGGAGUUUAAAGAACGCGGCGGGACGUGGAUCAUGAAGCCGAUCGGCAGGGCGCAGGGCAAGGGGAUUUGGAUCGCGUCGAAGCCGUCGCAGAUCGAGCAGUGGAUGAAAGAGCGAGGCAUGGGGAAGGCGGAGAACAACGUCUGCUACGAAAACUUCGUCGCGCAGCGGUACUUGGAAGACCCGUACUUGGUCGGCGGCAAGAAGUUCGACAUGCGCAUAUACGCGGUGUGCCUCUCGUAUAACCCGCUGCGGGUGUAUCUGUACCGAGAAGGCUUCGCGCGGUUCACCGCGACGAGGUACAGCAAGGAAGACUUCGAUAACCCGAUGGUGCACUUGACGAACCACGCGAUUCAAAAAAAAGACGACGCGUACGACGCCUCCGUGAGCGACCUCAAGUGGUCGUUCCCGUCGUUGAAGCGAUACAUGCUGACGAAGCACGGCCCCGCGGCGACGACCGAGUGCUGGGCGGGGAUCCACAACAUCAUCACCGGCUCUCUGAAGGCGGUCCAAGGCGUCAUGAUCAACGACAAACACUGCUUCGAGAUGUACGGCUACGACGUGAUGAUCGACGACGAUCUCAAGCCGUGGCUCAUCGAAGUCAACGCGUCGCCGUCGAUGUCGUCGGACACGCAGACGGACCACGACCUGAAGUUUGGGCUGCUGGACGACAUGCUGACGCUGAUCGACAUGACCGGGUCGUUUCGAGGGCAGCUUCCGCCCAGGGUGGGCGGGUUCGAUCUCGUCUACGACGGCGAGCCG